GUCUCAAGAUUCUGCCCUCCAAGACAGUCUUGCCAUGAUUGGAUAGGACCCCCAGAUAAAUACUCAAACCUUCGUCCAGUUCUUUUUCAUGUUCCUGAAAACGAGUCCCCCUUGGAACAAAGGCUCAGAGAAUUGAGACAAGAAACUCAAGAAUGGAACCAGCAGUUCUGGGCAAACCAGAAUUUGACUUUUAAUAAGGAAAAAGAAGAAUUCAUUUACUCAAGACUGCAAGCUAAAGGCUUGGGCCUGCGAACCGAGUCAGGUCAAAGAGCAACACUGGAUGCAGAGGAGAUGGCUGACUUUUAUAAGGAGUUUCUGAGUAAGAAUUUCCAGAAGCACAUGUCUUAUAACCGAGACUGGUACAAGCGUAAUUUUGCCAUCACGUUCUUCAUGGGGAAAGUGGCGCUCGAGAGGAUGUGGAACAAGCUCAGACAGAAGCAAAAGAAGACAAGCAGUUAGGAGCCCACCUGGGCCUGACCCGCCAGCACCCAGCUCCCGUUUGUGAGGGCCCUGGAGGCUGUAAGGGAGCACAUGCUCAGGCCUUUCCUGACUGCAUCCCAGCUGGUUUGCUCUUGUGGGUACACUGUAUGCCUACU